UUCUCGACCUAACACCGCCCACAAUGACCGUCGCCGAAACACUCAGCAAUGCGGCCGAGACUGUCAAAGAAUCCGUAGGCCUCGGUCACGGCCACAGCGCUCCUAGCAAGCAUGCCACCCGAGAAGAGAUGUCUGCCGCAAAACUACCACUCGCCUAUCGCGACUCUUGCGCAGGACUUCUGAUCCCACUGAACAAAUGCCGAAUGGACAACUACUACCUCAACUGGAGAUGUCAGGACGAGAGACAUUCAUACGAGAAGUGCCAAUACGAGGAGUUCAAGCUACGGGUGAAGAAGAUGGACGAGAUCCGGGCAGAGAAGAAUGGCGCGAGGAGCAAUUAGAGGGCGGGAUGUGGAUCUGACACGCCGUGGAGGCAGAGGGAGGAUGCGAGAAAGGGAAGGAAUGCACCAAAGCGCGAAAGUGUGGCAUACAGAAUCACAAUUUGAGGUUGCACAUUUCAUCUAUGGUCGUGGAAGUCAACUUGGUUCGUCGACCCGGUCCUUGGCUCAGUGGUCCCAUGCAAGAGAGCGUCCUUGAAAGUCAGUAAUGGGCAUCCAU